CUAAGUCCGCCGCCCCGGGUCCGUCUCGGUUGGCUCAAGCAAUUGUCCGCCGCCACGGGCUCGGGUCAAGCAAUGGCAUGCCGAAUAUGCGAGCCCGGUUUACACCCCGGCCGAUGCCCGCAUCAACCAACGUCCAUCUAUAGUCAUGUGCACUUACUCUGUCUGAGCGCGAGCUUGGGUUGUCCAUCACAUUCGUGCCCCCGAGCUGUUACCAUUUUCACACCUGCCUUACCAUUCUGUAAGAGUAGAAAAUGACGAGCAAGCUAGAAAACGCCUUUUCAUCCAUGGUGGUGGAGCUGCCGUCAACCGGCAUUCCAUCCCAGUAUACCAGUGUGGCUUUGGGUGCCCUCGUUCUCUCCGCCAUAACCUGGUUUAUAAAGGCUUCGUGGAGUGAAGACAGCUACCAUUUCCGUAACGGUGCGGGACAGCACAUCAAGGUGUUCCCCAAGGACACGCGCACCCUCCGCUACAGUAAUGGCAAAGAGGUAUCGGAACAGGGAAAACAGCUGGCGAAGGACGAGCCGUACUUGAUGCCCAACAGGCGGUAUCGAGACCUUGUCCUUGUCACACCGGAGCAGUUGAAGGAGUUCAUGGCCGGGGAUGGCAAAGACCAUACAAAGCCUCGUGGCGGAGGCAUGGGAGAUUAUGCCUGGCGCCUUCUAGGGCAGUGCGUCGGCCAGCAAAGCGGCACUGAAAAGUGGAAGACGAUGCGCUCGCACUUCGAUCCCGAGUUCUCUCACCAGGCCACUCUCCGAGUUGAGCCCGUCUUUAAAGAGUCAAUCGACAAUUGGCUCGGGCAUCUUUCUGCGUCAACUUCAUCAGCCUCCUUCUUUGUUCAGGACGCCGUAACCACAUGCCGUUCUCUCGCACUUCGGCUCUUGGCGGUAAUGUCAUACGGCGAGGUUAUGGACGAGGAGACAUUCGCUAAACUCGACGACAUGACCAGUCUGCACAGACAGAUCAUGGGUGCCCUUGUGUUCAACACGAAGCUCAUGUCAAAAGCCUACAACCUGCUCCCCACCGUGCAGAGACGACAGUUACAAACCUUCAACCGCGGAUGGAAGCAGUUCAACUUGGAAGCAGUGCAGCGGGCCAGGAAGCUCUGUCUAGACUGCCCAGUCGAACGAAUAUACGCAGGCGUCGAGCAAGGUGACAUGACCCUCGUCGAGUAUCUCCAAUCCCUCGACGAGAUGCUCUACACCAACAUCGACAUCACCGGCCUAGUUCUCGCCUGUCUCCUGACCAACAUCGCUUCCCACCCAGAAUUCCAAGCCCGACUACGGUCCGAGAUCCUAGAAGAGAAGCAAAAGCCGGGCUACACGCCGUCCGCCUACAGCGCCAAGCAGGAGACGCUGUUGAACUAUGUCACCUUGGAGUCCAUCAGACUCAAUCCCGCCUUGCACUUCUCUCCCGUCGCAUGCACAGCCGAAGACAAGACCAUCGGCGGCUACCGCAUCCCCGCGCUGACGACCUGUACCACCGACGUGUGGCGGAUCAACACGGACCGGGGCGCGUGGGGCGCGGACGCCGAGACGUUCCGGCCCGAGCGCUUCGCCGGCGUGAACCCGUCCAGCUACCGGUAUUCCUUCAUCAAGUGGGGCGUCGGGUCCUCCAAGUGCAUGGGCAAGAACAUGGCCGACCUGCUGCUCAAGAUGACGGUCGUCGCCGUGCUGGAGCGGUUCGAGCUGCGCCCCGCCGAGACGGAGGUGGAGAGUGAUCGGGAUACGAUUACGAAUAAGCUGCGGUCGGGGAUUGAGUUUCGGAGGGUUUGAGUUGGGGCUUGUGUUGACUAAUUUACAAGUGGGCGGAUUCUUGGGUGAGGUCAUGGCAGCAUGAUUAGCAUCGGGUAAAU